AACUGAUCGCUGGUUUCCAACACAAUGUCGCUCGUUUCGUGGAGACGAGGCCCCGCUCUCCUUCGGCAAACGUGCGCUGCCACAUCCUUCCGUCGUGCGUACGCAACGGUUGGAGCAGAUCGCGCAUACGAUUUGGCUUUGCAGGUUUUGGAGUCAGAACGUAAUGCAGUACGAACUCAGAUCGCGGAGCUCGAACGACAAGAGAAAGAUGGAAAGAUUGGAGAGAAAGAACAGAUAAAUCUGACCAAGAAGCGCGUGGAGCUUGCCUACAGCGAUUUGGCCAAUCAUGCCGCCUUUGCCAGUGGAGAAGUCGAUUUGACCAAGGACGUGUUCGCCUCAAUGCACCACCGCCGGUGGCGAUCCUUUUUGGUUCCACAAUUACUCAAACUUGAAGAAGAGCACCGGGUGAUUGGCGAUGCCCUUCCUGCGCGCAUUGCACCGGAAGUCAACUUUGAAGUCAAUUUCCAAAACACCAAAUGGCUCUGCCCUUACGGCCAGCCUGUUCCACCAGUAUGGACGCUUUACUCACCUGAAUUAAUUAUCACCACGGGUGAUGAUAAGCUCCGACACUUUACGAUAGCGUUGGUGGAUUUGGACCGUCCCGAGCUUGAAACGCAGUCCUAUGAAGAGUGGUGCCAUUGGCUUGUAACCGAUAUUCCAGUACAAAACCGUCUCGUAAUUCCCGGUGGAUCCUCACCUCUUCUUCAACCUGCAUCUGACAGCGUCCAAAAAUCACUUGCUGGUGCGACCUUUGUUCCCUCCCAACCUGCCCAAGAACCCAAUAUUCCCGGAAAUGUCGUCUUCCCUUACGUUCCCGCCCACCCUCCGGCAUCAAAUCCGCGUAAAGUGCAUCGGUACUUCUUUGCGGUGUUGGAGCAGCCUACACCGAGUUUAAAGAUUGAUAUGGAGAGCGUGAAGCAACAGGCGAUUGCGGUGGCUGAGCAGUUGAAGAAGAGGGAAGGCAAGAAGGAUAUUCCCAUGUGGCAGAAGAGUGUUGAGGGCGAGGGGGAGAAGAAAUUGAUGGUCCGGGAGAGAGGCGUCCUGUUCCCUACUACCAAGUUCAUAAAUCAGUAUGGUCUCGAGCUGAAAGGUCAUGGCUUCUUCACAGCUGGUUGGGAUAUCCACACCCCUGCCGUAUUCUCUCGAUUAGGUAUCCACGAGCCGGUGUAUGGGAAAAUUGGCAACCAGACGCCUACUGAAACUGUGCGACAGCUCGAGACAGCAACGGAGCUUGCGGCCAGCUUGCCAGCACCAUUGGCAUCUCUUUCCACCCAAGCCCUAAGAAGUCUCAAUUACGCCGAACGACCACGCGUCGCCCCUGCUAGAUUGGCGACGCAGCGUGGGCUGGAAGCUGAAGCUCGGCGAGACAAGGAGGCCGCUGCAGGUCGGAAAAAGGGCAAAAAGGAGGUGGCGCGUCCUCCAGCAGGUCUGAAAAAGACCCCGCGGUUGACGGCUCUUGGUGCAGCUGCCAUGGUCAGAACCAAGGAAGGCGAUAUCGCACAGGGUUACAAAGGAGAGCUUGUGCGAAGUGUGAAGGAGAAGCGGUAUAGGUACAAGAAUGUGUAGAUAGCCUAAACUCUUUGCAUGCCCAUUAUACAUGAACUAUUUAGAAGUUAGGUAUUCAUCGCACUAGAUACAGCCUAACAAAAUCCACAUGAAUCAAUAUCUAUUUGAAAGUGAUCAUGGCUACUACCAGUCAUCUACGAUA